AUGGAUGUGGAACACAGAAUUAAUAACUGGUCCCCAAAUGUUCACAGAGUGUUGUUUAAAGAAGAGGUGAGUUAUGGAGCUGUGGAUCCUGAAUUCAGUGACAGAAUCCGCUUUCCAUUAUUCUAUCGAACAGUGACAAGUGAAACUUCCCAGUACAAAGUAAUCAUCCAGCUCAUCAAGACUUUUAAUUGGAACUGGGUUGGGAUGAUAUUCUCUGAUGAUGAGAGUCACCAGAAAGCCAGUGAACAAAUGAAGAAUGAGAUCAUUAAGAAUGGAAUCUGUAUCGCUUACCUUGUUCAGAUUGGUGAUACUGAUCGUAGAACUGUUUACUUUGCUUGGCAAACCAUAAGGCAGUCAAAUGCCAGUGUUGUCAUAGUUUAUAGUAAAACAGUUGCGUUUCUGAUGUUUCUUUUAUUUCAAAAAAACUCAAUUAAUGUGGUGUGGCUGAUGCUAUCUCCUUUGUCAUCAACUUCAGAGAAAAUAUAUACUGAUACAUUUAAUGGAUCCCUUGUUAUACUCUUUCAUCAAGGAAACAUACCUGGUCUAAGAGACUUUCUUUACAAAGUUAAUCCUUCAAGGUUUCCUAAUGAUCCAAUUACUGCUGCAGUUUGGUUUUGGGUGUUUGGUUGCUACUCUGAAGAAGCCUUUGCUAAGUCAUCAUUCAAAUCCUACCAUAUAUGUAAUGACAAUGAUACACUAAAGCAAUAUAAAAAGCAUGGAUUUGACACAAGCUCUUUUAGAUUAACAUACUAUAUGUACAUUGCUGUAUAUGCUGUGGCCCAUGCACUUCAUGCUGUGUAUACUGAUAAAUCCAGUGGUGGAAAUAUCUUGCAUGGUGAUAAAAGUAUAAAUGGCCUUAUGCAAACACAGUUAAACAACCAGCUCAAGAAAAUCCAUUUCAGAACAGAGUCUGGAGAUGAAAUUUUCUUUAAUGAGAAAGGAGAAAGUCUAAGGUAUUUUGAUAUAAUAAACUGGAACAUUUUUCAAAAUGAAACCGUGACUACAAGACAUGUUGGGACCAUCAUUUCAUCUGAGUCUUCAGGACUUGCCAUUGACAAAGAGGCCAUCCUUUGGGCAUCUUCGUUUAAUGGGAUCCCUUCCUCAAGUUGCAGUACCAGCUGUCUCCCUGGUUACAGGAAAGCUUCUGUGGAAGGAAAACAAGUUUGCUGCUAUGAGUGUGUUCAAUGCUCGGAAGGAGAAAUAUCCUCAUUGCCCGAUAUGGAGAAUUGCCUGAGAUGUCCUGAAGACCAAUGGUCCAAUGAGAGUAGAGAUAAAUGCAUCAUGAGAACCAUUGACUUCCUUUCAUAUAAGGAUCUUCUUGGUGUGGCUCUAACCACCACUGCUUUAGUCAUGUGCUUUUGCACAGGUGCAGUGUUUUGCAUCUUUUUAAAAUACAAAAAUAGCCCCAUUGUAAAAGCCAAUAAUCAACUGCUCAGUUUUAUUCUUCUUUUUUCUCUCAUACUAUGCAUUCUUUGUUCCUUACUAUUUAUUGGAAGACCUACAAAAGUGACCUGUUUGCUGAGGCAAACUUCAUUUGGUAUCAUCUUUGCUCUUUGUAUUUCUUCCAUUUUGGGGAAAACCAUUACUGUUAUUGUUGCCUUCAAUGCCACAAGGCCUGGAAGCAGACUCAGAAAUUAUGUUGGUACCAGGGUCCCUAAAUAUAUUCUCAUGCUAUGCAUUCUUCCAGAGAUUUUGAUCUGUGGACUUUGGAUAUUAAUCUCUCCUCCAUUCCUUGACUAUGACUCCCACUCUGAAACAGGAAAGAUCAUUUUGCAGUGCAAUGAGGGGUCAUCUUGUGCAUUUUACAUAAUGGUUGGUUACAUUGCCUUGUUGGCUUUUGUUAGUUUCUUUGUUGCUUAUCUUGCCCGUAAAUUACCAGACAUAUAUAAUGAAGCACAAUAUAUAACCUUCAGUAUGUUACUGUUCUGCAGUGUGUGGAUCUCCUUCAUCUUGGCCUAUGUGAGCACCAAAGGCAAAUAUUUAGCAGCAGUGGAGAUAUUUGCCAUUCUUAUUUCCAGUGCAGGAAUUCUUUGUCUUAUAUUUAUUCCCAAGUGCUAUAUUAUCUUUUUUAAACCAUCAGUGAGCACCAGAGGUCAUUUCAUAUAG